AUGGAUGGGGAAAAUUGCUCUUCCUUGAAUGAAUUUCUUCUCUUGAGAAUUAACAGCACCCCCAAAAUGAAAGUAACCCUAUUUACCAUGUUUCUUUUUGUUUAUCUCAUCAACCUUUUUGCAAACCUUGGGAUGAUCAUUUUAGUUAGAAUGGAUUCCCAGCUGCACACACCGAUGUAUUUCUUCCUCAGCCACCUCUCCUUCAGUGACCUCUGCUAUUCCACAGCAAUUGGACCCAGGAUGCUGGUAGGUUUCAUUGUUGAGAACAAGUCAAUUCCCUUCUACGGAUGUGCUCUGCAAUUCUUGAUCUUCUGUACCUUUGAAGAUACUGAGUGUCUACUGCUGGCGGUGAUGGUCUUUGAUAGAUACAAGGCCAUUAGCAACCCCUUGUUCCACACAGUCAACAUGGCCAGCAGAGUGUGCUCCCUGCUCAUGGCUGGGGUUUAUCUGGGGGUAAUGGCGGGCGCGUUGAUACACACGACAUUAACAUUCCGCUUAUGUUUCUGCGGAUCAAAGGAAAUUAACCAUUUCUUCUGUGAUGUUCCUCCUCUCCUAUUGCUAUCUUGCUCAGAUACACAGGUCAAUGAGUUAGUGAUAUUUAUCAUUUUUGGUUUCAUUGAACUGAUUACUCUUUCAGGGCAUUUUGUGUCUUAUUGUUAUACCAUCCCGGCAGUGAUAAAGAUCCACUCUGCUGAGGGGAGGGUCAAAGCUUUCUCCACCUGCACCUCUUACUUCACUGCUGUGGCCAUUUUUCAGGGAACUUGGCUCUUCAUGUAUUUCUUGCUGAGUUCUUACUCCCUAGAUCAAGACAAAAUGACCUCAUUAUUUUACGCUCUUGUGAUUCCCAUGUUAAACCCUCUGAUUUAUAGCCUAAAGAACAAGGAUAUGAAAGAGGCUCUGAAAAAAACUUAA